CAGCGGGCCUGAGCUGAGCAGUGAGCGCCUCCCCGGACUGAGCUGAGUGGGUGAACUUUGUCACAAAUCGCUCAGAGCUGCAUAACACCCACCUCUGCCUCUGGGACAGAUGCCUCCUGUGUAGUAUAGUGUAGUGCGCUCUGCAACAUGUACAUUUGGUUCACGGUGUUAGCCGGACUGGCGAUCCUGUCCUUCUCCUUCCUCAGGACGUUUUUCCCAUAUUUAGGAGAGGACUGCGCGUACAUUCUGACGAGCAUCAAACUCGGCUAUAGGCUCUUAAAAUACAAGAAGGGCAAACCUUUCUACAGCGUCUUGGACCACUUCUUGGAUGCAGUAAAGAGGCAUCCCAGUAGGAUCUUUGUGCACUUUGAAGGGAGACAAUACACGUAUGGAGAGGUGGACAGACAGAGCAACAAGGUGGCCCGGGCGCUGCAGGCUGCAGCCGGGCUGAAGGAGGGAGACACGGUCGCCUUGUUCUUGGCCAACGAGCCCAGCUACAUAUGGACCUGGCUCGGGUUGGCAAAGCUGGGCUGCCCGGCUGCUCUGCUCAACUUUAACAUCAGGUCCAAGUCUCUGCUGCACUGUUUCUCCUGCUGCGGGGCCAAAGUGAUCAUCGCGUCUCCAGAGCUGCAGGAUGCCGUGGAGGAGGUUUUACCGACGCUGAGAGAGCAGGGCAUCACCGUGUACCUCCUGUCAGAGACCUGCAGCAUCCAGGGCAUCCACGCUUUGUCGGACAAGAUCUCCCAGGCCUCAGAUCAGCCGCUGUCCCGUGACCUCAGAGCCAACAUCAACAUCAGGAGCACAGCGCUGUACAUCUACACGUCGGGCACCACAGGUUUGCCUAAAGCAGCAGUCGUCACCCAUGAGAGGGUUUGGGCUGCCUCCUUCCUCCAGGCAGUAUGUGGCAUCACAUCAGAGGACAUCUUCUACAUCAACCUGCCUCUCUAUCACAGCGCAGGCUUCCUCAUCGGGAUGGUCGGGUCCAUCGAGAGAGGUAAUACCAUUGUUCUGAAGAGAAAGUUCUCUGCCUCUCAGUUCUGGGAUGACUGCAGGAAGUACAACGUCACAGUAAUGCAGUACAUCGGUGAAACAAUGCGCUACCUCUGCAACUCACCCAAGAAAGACAAUGAGAAGAACCACAAAGUGAGGGUCGCCAUCGGCAACGGAGUCCGGACAGACGUUUGGUCGGAGUUUCUGAAUCGCUUCGGGGACAUUCAAGUCAGAGAGCUGUACGCUGCCACAGAGGGAAACAUUGGCUUCAUCAAUUACACGUCCAAAGUCGGUGUAGUCGGGCGAGUCAAUUUGGUCCACAGGCAUUUCUUUCCGUACACUUUGAUCAAGUUUGACAUUGAGAAGGAAGAGCCAGUCAGGAACGCAGAGGGUCUGUGCAUCGAGGCAGAAAGAGGUGAGACGGGUCUUUUGGUGGGAAAGAUCACUCAGAGGUCUCCGUUCGUUGGCUACGCUGGCAACAAGCAGCAAACUGAGAAGAAGAGGCUGCGUGACGUGUUGAAAAAAGGCGACCUGUACUUCAACAGUGGAGAUUUGCUUCUGAUUGAUCACAUGAGCUUUGUGUACUUUCAGGAUCGAGUCGGCGACACUUUCAGGUGGAAAGGAGAGAACGUUGCCACAUCAGAGGUUGGAGACAUUCUCACAAUGGCUCAUUGUAUUUUGGAGGCAAAUGUCUACGGUGUUAAAGUGGAAGGUCACGAGGGGCGGAUCGGCAUGGCAGCUGUCACUUUGAAAGAAGGAGAAGAUUUUGACUGUUCGGACACCUACAAGCAGGUCGUCAACUACCUCCCAGUGUACGCAAGACCUCGAUUCAUUAGAAUUCAGCCCUGCCUGGAGAUGACGGGGACCUUCAAGAUGAAGAAAGUGAAGUUGGUGGAGGAGGGAUUCAACCCAGCUCACAUCAAAGAUCCUUUAUACUUCUUAGAUACAGAGAAGAAGACGUACGUGCCCUUGACUGAGGACAUCUAUGGAGCUAUCGCUCGUAGGGAAAUCAAACUGUAACACAUAAUAAGUAGUCAGCGUUGUAGCAGAUGACUCGUUCGGUUACAAAGAUGUAACAUCUCAUUCAAGGACCUCUUCUAACAAUCAGCUAAUCUCAGGGACAGACUGACUUUGAAACAUUACAGACUGCUUUUUUAUUAACACAACAACUGUGCGUCUGCAGUUCUUGUAAAUGUAUUCCAUAAUGCUGACGGUGUGUGAUGUACAGGUUUGUCUUACUGCCACUGUUAAUUACGUAAUUAAACUCUGGAUGUCUUUUUC